GGUACGAGCAUUUCGAGUGGGUGGUCAUGCCUUUUGGCAUCACAAACGCCCCAGCGACCUUUCAGGCGGCAAUGACCAAUGAAUUCCGUGCAAUGUUGGACCGGUUCGUGCUGGUCUACUUAGACGAUAUUCUCGUCUAUAGCCGGUCAUUGGAAGAUCAUCUUGGGCAUCUUCGACGAGUGUUGGAGACGCUCCGCCGCGCCAAGUACAAGGCCAACCGCGACAAGUGUAAAUUUGUCCGGCAGGAGCUGGAAUACUUGGGCCAUUUCGUCAAACCGGAGGGCAUCAGUCCGCUAUCGGACAAGAUUCAGGCCGUCCAAGAGUGGCCGGAGCCUCAGAACGUCACGGAUGUCCGCUCGUUCCUCGCUCUCGCCGGCUACUGUCAGCGCUUCAGCAAAGGCUACUCGAAGAUCGCGGCCCACUUGAACAAGCUUCAAUGCGAGGAUCGGCCGUUUGACUUCGGAGAGGAGGCACGGGGAUCAUUCUUCGCUCUCAAAGCCGCGCUAUUGUCGGCGGAGGUUUUGCGGAUAUACGACCCGCUCUUGCCUACGCGCGUCACUACGGAUGCGUCAGGCUAUGGCAUUGGUGCAGUCCUCGAGCAACAUGGCGGUGUGGACUGGCACCCGGUCGAAUACUUCAGCAAGAAAGUGCCCAUCGUGCAUUCCAUUGAUGAUGCACGCAAGAAGGAGCUCCUCACCUUCGUCCACGCGCUCAAGCGGUGGCGGCACUUCCUCCUUGGUCGAAGCCAAUUUCGCUGGGUGACGGACAACAAUCCGUUGGUCUUUUACAAGACCCAAGACACCGUCAACAGCACCAUCGCUCGAUGGAUGGCUUUCAUCGACCAGUUUGACUUCUUUCCCAAUCACAUUCCCGAGAAGUCGAACCGUUUUGCGGAUGCUCUUUCACGGCGUCCGGAUCAUUGUACCGCGGUGUACUCAACCUUCGAGAUCGACGACGACCUGCGGAACAGUUUCAUCCGCGGCUACCAAGCCGACCCCGAGUUUCGCAACAAGUACGCGAAUUGCUCCUCUCCUAAUCCGACUCCUUCUCACUACCGGAUCCAAGAGGGGUACUUGCUUGUCCACACGCGGGGGAAGGACCUUCUUUGCGUACCAAGUGAUCCUCACUUGCGUACACAGCUUCUUGGCGAGUUCCACGAUGCUCCCGCCACCGGACACUUUGGAGUCAAUCGCACGAUUGGCCGACUUCGCCAACGAUUUUGGUGGUCCGGCCUUCUCGGCGACGUCACGCGCUAUUGCGAGUCACGCGAGGUUUGCCGACGCUGCAAAUCCCGCAACCAUCAUCCGUACGGCAAGUUACGACCAUUGCCAAUCCCGUUGAGGCGAAGGAAAGCGAUUGCCAUGGACAUUACCAUCCCGUUCCCCAAGCACAAGACCGGAGUGGAUAGGAUUCUUACGGUGGUCGACCGACUCACCAAGUUCGCCAUGUUUUUGCCUUGUCGCUAUCAUGCCAAGGCAUCGGAGUUGGCCGAGGUUUUUUACGCCGGUUGGAUUCGAACCAAGGGUUACCCUAAGGAGAUCGUUUGCGACCGCGACACUCGGUUUAUGUCCGAUUUUUGGUUGGCGCUCAUCAAGCGAUGGGGCUCAUCUCUCAAGCCCAGUUCAGCUCGCCACCCUCAGACCGAUGGCUAGACGGAGAGGGCGCAUCAGACCGC